AUGUCCUCUGGUACAAACAGCACCAACAGCAACAGCACCAACAGCAACAGCACCAACAACAACAGCACCAACAGCAACAACAACUCGGACGCCGGCAGAACCUCCCCAACGAUGCAGAUCAUUUCGUGCAUCGGCACUGCCCUCGCCCACAUGGAGUACGAGCGCGUCCUCGAGGACAGCUUCCACAUAACGUCGGACGGCAACACGCUGAUCGUGCGGAUCCGGCUGCUGCAGACUGACGCAUGGAGCACGCCGGCUGAGGUGCGGCAGCCUGACGUGGUCGAGGCCGAGGAGGAGCACACCGUCACGCUCAGCAACGCACUCCCAUACGUGGCCACAGUGACGGCCAGCCGCGACGGCGUCAUGGCGUCCGAGGAGAUUGUGCUGGCCCCAAGCGGCGGCGUCGUGCUGGUCGACUUCAUCCCGCGUGCUUUUGAUCGUGUUGAGAUCCACUACGCCGUCGCACGGCACUGCGUUGUUGUGUUUAUCAACGGCCACUACCCCGGCCAGAGCAAUAACCUGUGCGUCUACUUUGCCGACGGCAAGUUCUCGACGCACCGUGAUAGUGAGGCUGGCGGCGCUGCUGGCGGACCCCCGCUUGAUGUCACCUACUCGCGCACUAUAGUCCCUGAUGAGGACACGCGCGACCUUGCUCAUCUGCGAGAGGCUCUGAUCCAGAUCUUUGGGCCCUCAGCGCUCGUCAUGCUAGCGUCGACCCAGGCUGUUGAUCUGGAUGCUGUUGAGGAGAAGCGCAGGAAGCGAUACUAG